AUGGAUUAUGCUAAUAGCAGUCUUGAUCCUGAGGUCCUUGAAUUCUAUCGUCCAAAUAGGUCAAAACAUAUUCGUUGUCAUUCUCAUCACCAUGCACAUCAGAUUGUCCAUUCAAGGCGCCUUCAUAAUUCACAGCCUAUUAACCAGACACAAUUGUCAAUAACACCUUACAACAAAAAUUCUAAUUAUGCAACUCCUAAUAUUCAUCAUGGAAACAUGGCGAAUUUUCAGGAUUCACGAAUACAUCACCACCGACCUCAGCUUCAGCCACAUGUUUCUCAUAAACCAAAUGCAGAACAUUUUCACUACCAUUUAAACCAGAAUGCAUUCAGAUCCUCUGUGAGCCCUCAAAAUCUGGGGAGUUCUUGUGGAGGUAGUAUAAAUGCACUAUCAUCAACUAGUGGUGUUAGUAGUAAUUCUGGUAGUUUUUGUACCAGCAGCGGCUCUCAUGCAAGUCACAAAUCUGGUACUAGUCUCCGUGCAGUAGAUCUUAUUCCUUUGUUGAAAAAGAAAAUUGCACUUCUACCUGGUGGUAGGUCAAGACGAGGGGGACCCUUAUUAUGCUUCCCGUCAAAUUCACGAGCUGAUGAAAUCCCUAUUGAAGACUUGUAUGUUCUUGUGAGAUACCUCACCUAUCUACCUGACGACAAAGUUAAGCGUUUGGGGUUUGUGGUAAUAAUCGAUAUGCGAAGUGGCACAACUUGGCACAGUGUCAAACCGAUUUUAAAAGUACUAGAGGAAUGCCUGGGCCAAGAUGUCACUUUGACAUUUAUAAUUAAACCUGACAAGUUUCUUGAGAAACACAAAGCUCAACUGGCGAGUGGGAAAUUCAGUUUUGAAAUACAGUUAGUGUCUGUGGAGUCUUUAUUUCGUGAAGUAGAUCCUAGCCAAUUAACUGCUGAAAUGGAGGGAAGUCUUCCAUAUCAUCAUGAAGAGUGGAUUAAAAUUCGUUGUUGUCUUGAAGAAUUCUUCUUAUUUGCCAAUGAUAUGUCCGAUAAAUUUGGUCAACUCUAUUGUUUUUUGGAUAGAAAACUUAAUCCAGAAUCAGUGGAUGAAUCGAAACGUGCUUUAGAAGAGCAUAGAUCAGUACGCUUAAAAAUUGUUCAAGCUCCAGUUCCUGCACUUGAAGCAGAAGCUGAUCGGCUAACUUCAUGGUUACGUUAUGGUAUUACUGCAUCACAAUCCAGUGCCAAUACAUCAUCCUCUGUGAAUUCCAGUUCUCAGACGUGUUCUAUCACUACUGCAUCUGGUGGUGGUGGUGGUGCGUCGUUUCUUGCCACCUCAUGGGUAUCAAUGAAUCCUGAUUUUCAACAGCUUGUACCUCAAGUUCGGCAUACUGUUUCACAACUUUAUGAAUUUCGUACACGUUUACAACAGAAAUGGGAAACUGGCAGGUCACGUUUAGAACAAAUUUAUCAAUUACGUUUAUUUGAUGAAGAUGCUAGAGGCAUGUCUAAUUGGAUAGAUCAACAAAGGCAUUUAUUUCUUACGGAAUAUUUAGAUAUUGGUCAAACAGCAUCACAUGCUGCUGAUCUACACGCUGAACAUCGACAAUUUCUUUCUAAAUGUAGCAGUGUCCGUGAACAAGUUGCUCGUUUAACUGGAGUUGCUGGCAUGUUAGCUGAUACUGGUCAUUUUGCUAGUCAACAAAUUUUAAAACAGGCUAAUCAAUUAGAACAUGAAUGGAAAUCAUUUACUGCAGCGCUGGAAGAUCGUUCACGUGUUCUACAAUUAUCUGCUAGUUUUCAUGCUAGAGCUGAAUCAUUUCUGGCAAAUUGUCCACAUUGGGAAAAUGCAAUGCGUCAAGUGAAUGGUACAUCAGUGCAUGAAUUAAAUCAAGCAUUGAUUACAUUACAAGAAUUUUGGCAAGAAGCACAAUCUGCUCAUGAAGAAGUUUGUGCUGAUGGUCGUGCAUUGGCUAAUCAUUUAAGUUCACCUGUCCCUACAGGAUCGCAUACAUCUUUAACAGCUGCUGUCGACUAUUCACAAGGUCGAAAACAUUGUACAGAUCUUGUUCAUGAGAUUUGGGCAUGGUUUAAACAAUUAGAACGUGUUUUUGGUGAACGUCGUCGUCGUUUAACAGCUCGUUUAGCUCUGUUAAUGUUUAAAGAAGAUGUUGGUCAAGUAUUGGCUUGGUUAACUGAACAUGGUGAACCAUUUUUACAACGUCAAACAACAGUAGGCAAGUCUAUACAACGUGCAGAACAAUUAUACAGUGCACAUAUGCAAUUUGAACAAGUUGCUGCUAAUACAUUAACUAAUGCAGAGAAAUUAAUAUCAGCUGCUGAUGAAUUAGCCGCUCAAGCUGAUGAUCCAGAAGAAAUAUUACAAGAUGCUAGUGAAUUACAACAUCGUAUUUCAGCGUUUACACGUGCUGUUGAAGUACGCCGUGAAACAUUGGAUUUAGGCUGUGGUUUUUAUUCACAUACAAAAGAAGCUUUAGCAUGGUUGCAUAAUUCACGUGAAACACAUAAUCCAAGUGAAUAUUUACCAGCUACCAUUGAAGGCAUGGAAGAUGAAUUGACUAGUUUUCAUCGUAAUCGUGCUGCAAUGGAAAAAGAUGUUGAACGUGCUUUAGCUGAAGGUGAAGCUUUAAUAAGUCGAUUGAAAGAUUCUGAAGAGAUUACACAUUUACGUACAGUGUUAAAUCAAGUUUCCAAUGAACGAGCAACUGUCUCAACACUAUUAACUGAACGUCAAGUACGCUUAGAUUUAUGCCUUCAACUUAGACUAUUUGAAGCAGAUGUUCAUUCUGCUUUAGAUUGUUUACGUCAUAAUAUCCCAUCAUUAUCUAGCGUCAAUCAAUCUCCUGAUACUACUACUAACACUACUACUAAUAAUACUACUAAUAAUCGUUAUUUUUGGUUAGCUGAUCCUAGACAAGCACCAGAUAUGAAUUCUAUUGAAGAAGUGUUAAGUUCAUGUUUGUCUGUUUUGCCAACAGCUGAAGAAGUAUUAAAUAAAGGUAGUGAAUUAGCCAGAGCAUUUGAAUCAGUCGGUGUGAAUUUCCCAGCAGGUGGUCCAGGUUCUAGUGAUUCAGGUAUGGGUGAUAGUGUAGAGACUGCUGUAGAACGUGUACAUCGUUUAAUGAGUGAAUUAGCUGAUGUUGUCACAUCCGUGGAUUUGCUGAAUGAACGUUUAAAUAAUGAAUUAGAUUGGCGUCGUCUUCAAUUACAAAGUAGACAGGUAUUACAUUGGAUUGGUCAAUGUGAAAGUAUACUACAUCAAACAGCUAUUAUACCAUCUAGUUUAACUGAAGCUGAAUCACUUUAUGCUGAUCAUGAAAAAUUUCAACCAGUUUUAAAUGAUGCACAUCCACAAGCUGUACAAUGUGCUGCACGUGCUAGUUAUUUCUUACAACAAGCUACAUUGAAUUGUAAUAGUAGUAUUAAUAGUAAUACUAGUAAUACUAGUACUACUAGUAAUAAUAGUAGUAGUACCAAUUCAUCAACCAAUAUCAUGGGACAUGGAAAUCUAUUAAAUAAUAAUACUAAUAAUAGUAAUAAUAAUAAUAAUAAUGAAUAUUAUUCCAGACGUAAAGAUUAUCAAUCAGUAGCGGAGACUGUAGCAAAUCGUUGGCAAAAAUUAGUCUAUGCUGCUGAAGAACGUCAUAAGCUAUUGAUCUCUGCAACGAAUUGGUAUCGAACAUCGGAUCAAGUGACUUCAGUGUUAUGGUCACUAGAAAAAGAAUAUCGUCGUGAAGAGGAUUGGUGUCAAAAUGAAAAGGCGGUCAAUAGUGGUGAUCCAAUAAGUUAUUUAGCUCAAUUAUCCUCAAAACAUGCUGAACAAAAAGAAGCCUUUUUAAAAGCAUGUAUGCUUGCUAGGCGUACAUCUGAUUUGUUUAGUAAAUAUUUACAUCGUCAACCAACUAGUACAACUGGACGUGUAGAAGUUGAAGAGAAAAUUCGUUUAGCUAUGACUGAAUUAAUGGCUAAAGAGAAAGCUGUUUUAGAAGCAUGGGCUGUACGACGUAGACGUUUAGAUGAUUGUACUUAUUUUAUGAAUUUAAAACGUCAAAUUGAAGAUCUUCUCGAACGUGUACAUAAUGUCCAAGAGUCAACAAUUAAUAAAUCCACUGGUUAUUCUAAUUCAUUAUGUCUUUCAAAUCUUAAUCCUUCUUUAUUACAAGAAGUGUAUAGAGCUUGUGCUAGUUUAGAAUCAAUGAUAGCCUCUUCUUCACCGCCUUUAUCUCCUGGUCAUGCUACUCAAAUGGAAGCACUUUUACAACGUCUUCGUUCAUGUGAUACACAGUCUACUACUACUACUACUGCGGCAGCGGCGGCAGCAGCAGCAGCAGCGAAUACUUCUUCUACUCUCACUACUAGUAGUACUGGUAAAGGAUUUAAAGAUGCACAGAAAUUAGAUUACCAAUCUUCGGCGGGUGAAUUGAAAAAAAGCGCCACUACUGCUCCAUCCUCUAAAGUUGAUAUACAACCUGGAUUGAAAACACUUGAAGCGGAACCGGAUAGAACGUCCGUGUCAAGUACAAGUAGUUCUGGUACAGGUGGUAGUACCGGUGUAAAUUUAACAAAUGACUCUUAUUUAGUAGUAUCAUCAGCAGCUGCAGCUUCUGGUGCAACACAAGAACAGCGUAGAUUAGUACGUAGACGUGAAUAUCUUCUACGUGAAUUAAUUCAAACUGAACGUUUGUAUAUACAAUCGUUAGAACAAUGUAUGGAAACUUAUCGUAAAGGUUUAAUAACUCCACCGAAAAUGUUAGCUGCUCAAGUUCCAUCUGGACUUAUUGGUCAAGCAGAUAUUGUUUUUGGUAAUAUUCCACUGAUUUAUGAAUUUCAUAAGCAAACAUUUGAACCGGAAUUAGCUAAAUACACUGAAAGUGGUGAUUUCCUACCAGAAGAUGUUGGACAUUGUUUUGUUGUGCAUAGUGAUCGUUUAGCUGAAUUAUAUGUGGAAUAUUGUGUAAAUAAUACUGAGUCUACCAGACUAGUUAUUGAACAUGGACAAGGUUAUUUUCAAUCGUUACAAUUAUAUUACAAUCUUGUUGAACCAUUACAAUCCUAUUUGAUUAAACCAGUUCAACGUGUUACUAAAUAUCAAUUAUUAUUGCGUGAAUUACGUGAUUGUUGUGAUCCAGCUGGUAUCGGGGAAAUUAGUGAAGGUUUAGAAGCUAUGCUCAGUGUACCGAAACGUGCUAAUGAUGCAUUGCAUUUAAGUAUGCUACAGAAUCUUCCUGAAGAUACUCCACUGUCAUCAUUAGGUGAUGUUAUAUUACAAGAUCAAUUCACUAUUUGGGAACCGAAACAGCUGAUUAAAAAAAGUCGUGAACGACGCGUUUUCCUAUUUGAUCAAUGUUUAAUUCUAGCGAAAGAAGCUGCCAAUCAACCAGGUGAACAUAAAUCCAAGUAUAUUUAUAAAUCUCGACUGUUAUUAGCCGAUUGUAAUAUAACUGAACAUAUUGAAGGAGAUCAGUGUAAAUUUGCUUUAUGGACUGGACGUAUACCACCGAUUCAUGAAUAUCGCAUGGUAUUGAAAGCUGGAACACUUGAAUUGAAACAAAAUUGGGUUCGUGCUUUACGUGAAGUAAUGCGAGAACGUGUAUUCAAUGUUCAAAGCUUGUAUCAACAUCAAAAUCAAAAUUCAACUUCUGCAAACUUAUUCGAUGAUUCUAGUGAAAUUUUAGAUACAUUUUAUAUACUUGAAAAUUAUCAAGCUGAAAAAGAUAAUGAGAUUUCUGUGUCAGCACAACAAAUUGUACAAUUGCUAUAUCGAACAAAUGAACCAAUCCCAUCUUCAAAUGGUACAUCUGAAACCAGUGAUCAUGUUGCAAACAAUUCUACUGGUGAUUGGGCUUUCAUUCGUUUGAUUAUGCGUAAUGCAUCAACUAAUUCACCAGUGAAAGAAGGUUUCAUCCCAUCACGUCUUAUCGGUGCACCAUGUAGUCGUAAAUCGUCCACAUCAAGUUCACGACAAUCGUCAAGUGUUCGACGUGGCAGUACCUCAGUUCGUAAAUGGUUACCAUCUGCAGUGGGUAGUGGUGGUAGUCGUCGAAGUGCCAGUGCUUCAAUUAACAAUACUCCAGUUGUAACUACUACUACUACUGGUAAACGUGGAUCUAAAGUGGAUAUCAGUCAAUCUCAGGUUCUUAAUACACCUUAUCCAGGUGCCACAUCCACUGUUAGUGAUCAGCAACAACAACAAAAGCCACUUGAACUAGGCGGUUUACUGCUGGACAAUGUAUCUGAAGAAAGUGUCGAUGUAGAGCUACCUCCACCAAUGAAUGAAAUACAACCUCCACUUCGACCAAAUGUACCUGAAUUAAUCGAUACGAAAACGAUGAAAGAGAUAGAGAAUGGUAGUGUUGAGAAUACUAAUAAUAAUACUAAUGGUGUUAGUGAUCAGUUCAUCAUGCUUGAUGGUAACCAAUGUCGAUCGGAUCUACUACUACUACAGCAGCAUGACAACAAUAAGAAUAUGCAUAGUGACACUGGUGAAAAUGAAGUUCAACAUGAAAAAUCUAUUAAAACUUCCUAUCGUUUAGCAACUACAAUAACUGAAGUAGCUGGUGAUGGUCAAACACAACUAGGCACCGUUCCACAAUUAAUAGGUUUACCGGGUGGUGCAAAUUUAUCCGGUAUUGGAAAUUUACGUUUACAUGGUGGAUUGAAUGUUGCUACUAAACUUGUCGCCAGUUCAGCUAAAUCAUCUAUGCCUCAGCAUCAUCAUCAUCAUCAUCCCCAUCAUUCCACUGGUAUUGUUGGUUCAACAGAUACUACUACUACUGCUGCUACUACAAGUGGUAGUACAAGUAGUAGUAAUAGUAGUUCACAUUUUCUUGGUCAAGAUGAAGAACUCCUGUUGGAUAUAUUGGAAGAUGGUGUUGAAUUACAUUUUGUCACUAGACACUUGUUUCUCUAUGAUCAUGCAUUGAUUAUUGCUGAUGCAGCGAUGGAAUUGACUACUACUACUACUACCACAUUAUCAUCGGAUGGUCAUGAAAGCGAAUCAUUGAAUGAUAAAAAUACUGACGUCAAACCAAAAUUACAAUGUCGAUUUCGACAUGCUUUGCCUAUUAGUCAAAUAUCCAUAUUGGAGGAUGUUGGAGUCGGUGGUUCACGUCCAACUGGUGAUCAAUUAUUAUGGUUUUGUCUAUCUGAAAGAACUCGGUAUUUAGGUUCACCAUUUGAAUCAUCCAAUGUGGCAACAUCAUCGCCUCAAUCACAUUUAUGUUAUAUUGUAGCUCCAAAAUCUCCUGAUUCACGUGUUCGUUGGUUAAGUGAAUUAACAUCAAUGAUAUUGGAAGCUAGACGUUUAUCACAAGCUUAUUUGAUGAAUAAUGCGGCGUUGAAUUCUUCUACUGACGCUUCCACUGCUGGUGGUGGAUGUUCUACUACUAUAACAACAGGUCAAUAUAAAUUGCCUAGUGCUACACUUUAUCCUAGCGGUGUACUAUUUGAUACAGGUUCUCUAGAACUACCUAAACCAGGUCGAUACAAGAUUGCCAAUCAAGACUCCUCAUUCAAGAAUUCAACACAUCCGCAUCAUCAUCAUCCUGUUGCAGCUGCUACUACAACAGCAUCAUCAACCACAACAACAGCUGAUCAUUUAUCUCCUGCUAUGAAUAAUUUGACCAUAAAUAAUAAUCAUCAUCAUCAUCAGCCUGUUAUGCCCGCAUGUUCCACACUUUCACCGAAACAAUCAAGCAGCACCACCACCGCAUCAAAUUCACGUAUUGUAUAAAAAUGUGUGAUUUUGUUGUUGUGUCUGUGUGUGUGUUUCACUUUUCUUAUUUCCCACUUUUUGAUGAUUGAAUCAGUCUUCCGUUUUGCUGUGUUGCAGUCACCUAUGCGUACAUAUAUAUAUAUAUAUAUAUAUAUAUAUAACUUUCAACUACACUGAUUAUUCCCACUUCCGCCCCCUCUCUCUCGGUUUCAUUUCAUAUUUACAUAUAUAUGUACCAUUGAAAUAUUGUCUCACGAAUUAUUAUUAUUAUUACUAGUAGCAGUAGUCGGUGAUGAUGAUUCUGAUGAUAUCAGUGAAUAUUUCAUUCAAUCCAAUCAUGAUCUCUAUCUCUUACUUUUGAAUAUGGAUAGUUUACACGAAAGUUCAUCAUGGCACACCAUAAUGCGUCAAUUUUCGGUGUAAUAUUGUAAAUUUUAGGCAAUGCAAAUA